CAAAUCGCUCUGCUGCUCUGCUGCCUGCGCCCACAGCGCUGCCAAAGCCAGCGGCGACGCACGUUUCGCGCGGCACUCUUAACCUAUUUUCUCGGCAAGCGAACAUUAGUUACAAUUUUGUUGUGAUGUUGCGCGGCAGAUACGCGGCGGAUUCGGACGGGUUGCGUUUGCGCGGAUUCUAAACUCACACAUACUCUGACACACACUCACGCACACCCACGCCCACACACGCACACACCCUUGGAUCGGGCCAGUAAAUAAUUGCAACAAAAGUGCGGCGAAAUUGCAGUCGGAAAAAUCUGCAAGAAAAAUCAAAAAAUUGAAACAACAAAAUUUUUCAACUAAAAAUGCUGAAAUCAGUGCCUUAAAAAAGCCAUUAAAUAAAUACAUAAUAUUUUAACGCAGCAGAUCACCAAUGAUCAGUGCUGAGAAAAAUGUGGUGCCUUGAUAGGAUUUUAAAGUUUUAUGUUUAAAACUGCUGGGCAGCGAGAAAUCCAAAAUUUUAUACAAAUAUAUUUUCAAAACUGAACCCAACUGUACUUCUCGCCACCAAAGCGAUCGCCGCGAAUAAAAACAAAAACAACAACAAAAGAAGAAGAAAAACAACGCAUCAAAUUGGAUUACACAAACUUUUGGCUGCUGCAAUCACUCUGGGAAAGGUACAACACUGACCAAGGAGCGAUGGACCAGCAAUUCUGCUUGCGCUGGAACAAUCAUCCCACAAAUCUGACCGGCGUCCUCACCUCCCUGCUUCAGCGGGAGGCGCUCUGCGAUGUCACGCUCGCCUGCGAAGGCGAGACAGUCAAGGCUCACCAAACCAUACUGUCAGCCUGCAGUCCGUAUUUCGAGACGAUUUUCCUACAGAAUCAGCACCCACACCCCAUCAUCUACUUGAAAGAUGUCAGAUACUCAGAGAUGCGUUCUCUGCUCGACUUUAUGUACAAGGGCGAGGUCAAUGUGGGCCAGAGUUCGUUGCCCAUGUUCCUCAAGACGGCCGAGAGUCUGCAGGUGCGUGGCCUCACAGAUAACAACAAUCUGAACUAUCGUUCCGACUGCGACAAGCUGCGUGACUCGGCGGCCAGCUCGCCCACCGGCCGCGGUCCGAGCAAUUACAGCGCCGGACUUGGAGGCGGUGGCGGCGGCAGCGGCAGUGUGGCCGACGCAAUGCGCGAUUCCCGCGACUCCCUGCGCUCCCGAUGCGAACGGGAUCUGCGCGACGAGCUGACGCAGCGCAGCAGCAGCAGCCUGAGUGAACGCAGCUCAGCGGCAGCAGCAGCGGCGGCGGCAGCAGCUGCAGCAGUUGCAGCUGCCGGCGGCAAUGCCAUGAAUGCAGCGGCCGUGGCCCUUGGCCUGACCACGCCCACCGGCGGCGAACGAUCUCCGAGCGUUGGCAGCGCCAGUGCCAGUGCUGCGGCAGCGGCAGCAGCGGUUGCAGCGGCUGUUGCAGCCGCUGCCAAUCGUAGUGCCAGCGCCGAUGCCUGCAGUGAUCGCGGCAGCGAGCGUGGAACUCUUGAUCGUUCCGAUAGUCGCGAUGAUCUUUUGCAGUUGGAUUAUAGCAACAAGGAUAAUAAUAAUAGCAACAGCAGUAGUACCGGCAACAACAGCAGCAGCAACAACAACAACAAUAAUAAUAACAACAGCAGCAGCAACAACAACAUCAAUCGUGAGCGAAACAACAGCAGAGAACGGGAAAGGGAAAGGGAGCGAGAGCGGGAGCGUGAGAGGGACAGGGACAGGGAGAGGGAGAUGUCCACCACGCCCGUGGAGCAGCUGAGUAGUAGUAAGCGCAGACGUAAGAACUCAUCAUCCAACUGUGAUAACUCGCUGUCCUCGAGCCACCAGGACAGGCACUACCCGCAGGACUCUCAGGCCAACUUCAAGUCGAGUCCCGUGCCCAAGACGGGCGGCAGUACAUCAGAAUCGGAGGACGCUGGCGGGCGCCACGACUCACCGCUCUCGAUGACCACCGGCGGCCACCUGGGCAGCCUUGGCGGCGGCAAUGUGGGCGCGGCCAGCGCCUUGAGCGGCCUGAGCCAGUCGCUGAGCAUCAAGCAGGAGCUGAUGGAUGCCCAGCAACAGCAGCAGCAGCAUCGCGAGCAUCAUGUGGCCCUGCCGCCAGAUUACUUGCCGAGUGCCGCCUUGAAGCUUCACGCGGAGGACAUGUCGACGCUGCUGUCGCAGCACGCCCUGCAGGCGGCGGACGCACGGGAGGAUCACAACGAUGUCAAGCAGAUGCAGCUGGACCAAACAGACAACAUUGACGGUCGCGUCAAGUGUUUUAACAGUGAGGAUCGGGAUCGGGAGCGGGAGGAACAGGAUUACGAUAGGGAGCAGGAGCACGAUGAGCAGGUCCACCGCGAUCGGGAUAUGGAUAUGGAGGAUGUGGAGCAGCAGGACCAGGAAAAUAUCGAGGAGGAAGAGAAGGCGGCGGCCUACCAUGCCACUCCGCCGAAAUACCGUAGAGCUGUGGUCUAUGCCCCGCCCCAUCCCGAUGAGGCAGCUGCAUCCGGAUCGGAUAUUUAUGUAGACGGUGGUGGCUACCAAUGCGAGUACAAGUGCAAGGAGCUCAAUAUGCGGGCCAUCCGCUGCAGCCGGCAGCAGCACCUGAUGACCCACUACCCGCCCCAUCAUCAGCACCAACGCUCCCUGAUGGACUGUCCCGCCGAGGCGGCCUACUCGCCGUCGAAUGUGGCCGGCAGUCAAGCCUAUCUGACCAGCAACGGAUCGGUGCAGCAGUUGGAUCUGUCCAGCUAUCAUGGACACAGCCAUGGCCAUCAACAUCACCCAUCAGCCCUGCCAAUAGCACCGCCCCCACCCGGUCACUCUCAAGGAUCGCCGCAGCACUACCCGACUGCCUCGGGUUCCGGCGGAAACUCGGGUUCAGCAUCCAUAACGGGAUCAACUACGGGUUCAGUGCCAUCCGCACCGCCAUCAGUGACCACAUCGGCAGUCUCGCCGCAGCCCAGCUCCAGCUCCAGCGGCUCCUCGUCCUCGGCGGCGGCAGUGGCAGCGGCAGCUGCGGCGGCUGCCAAUCGGAGGGACCACAACAUCGACUACUCCACCCUGUUCGUCCAGCUGUCGGGCACGCUGCCCACCCUGUACCGUUGCGUGAGCUGCAAUAAGAUCGUGUCCAAUCGCUGGCAUCACGCCAACAUCCAUCGGCCGCAGAGCCACGAGUGUCCGGUGUGCGGGCAGAAGUUUACCCGCAGGGACAACAUGAAGGCCCACUGCAAAAUCAAGCAUGCGGACAUCAAGGAUCGGUUCUUCAGCCACUAUGUACAUAUGUGAUCACUUCUCUAGGCGUCAGAUCGAGUCGAAGUGGAAGUCGAAGUCGAGGCAAAUCAAAUCAAAGAUUGAAGACAGGUUUUCACCACUAUUAAGUAGCCACGAAUCAAGCAACGUAUACGUAAUUUAAUGCUAAAUGCAAGCUAGAGUGAGGAGCCAAAGUCUUGGCAGUUCGAUGUACAUCUAUAUAUCUAUUUAUAAACCUUAUAUAUACACACACACAAACACACACGCAGACACAGAACCUAUGCUAAUCGUAGUUGACUUCAAGACUCUAAACUAUUAUUAUUGUUAAAUCGUCGAAACCUCUAUAGAUGCUGCUUCUUUUGUAGAUCACACAUAGAGCGAACCAAAUGGAUAAUUAUCGAUUAUCAAUUAUCGAUCUAAUAUCGAUAGUAUCGAGAUAAUUUUCGAAUUAGUAAAUACCGAGACCAGUACUCAGUGGAGGGAAACUUUGACAAGUAUUAUAUGUAGAAUUCCAAUCGAUUUCCGCGUCAGUUAUUAUUUUAUUUACUUACUUAACAUGUGCUGUAGUGAAUGUUGACUAAUUUAUGUUCGUUCGUGUCAUUUUGUGCCAUAUUAGCUAAUCUCUCUUCUAGUCCAUAGGCCCUAAGGUCGCAAAAUAAAACGAAAGGUUAAAUAAUAACGAUUAAUCUAGGCAAAACGAGUGAGGAAAGCAAGCUUGAGACUUGAAACCGAAAAAGGCAAAGCGAAAAUAUAUCGACUAUUUUUGAGAAUCUCUUUCUCUGCAAGGUCUCCAGUCUUGUCUCAAAUAUGUUGACCGAAAAGAAAAAUUUGAGAAAUAUUAUUCGGGCAGCGUCCAAUUUCAAAACCGUUUAUGCCGAGCCCCAGAGAACAUCAUCGGGUAACUGAGGCUGGACGCUCUCCUGAACUAUGUAUAUCUUUGGCAAAACACCCACCGAAGUUGGUUACAGAUAAUUUACUUAUUCAAUUCAUUAAUCUACACAAUUCAGUGCUUUGCUAAAGAUCAAAUUUAAAUCGGAUUUUAACGAGAAACGAUGUACUUAAAACCCUAGUAAUAGUGAGAAACCAAUCAAGCAAAGAAUCCAAUUAAUUAACACUCAAAUACAAAUAUAUACAAGUACACAUAUGUAUGUGAAACGGAUAAAUCAAUCUUUAACAUCUUUAACUUUACUUAAUAAAUCUCUUUCAA